AUGCAGAGCAACUUCAAAUUUUCAAGGGGUAAUGACAGCGGUGUAGCAGAAGCAAUUGGAAAUUGGGGAUUUUCUAACAGAAUUUCGAGUUCUGGUCAAGAACUUAGACGUUUAAGAUGUCUCUUCAACAAGAUGGAUUGCUUGAGAACUACAAAACCAGUGAUGUGUGUAAAAUAUAAUUGUUUAUAUGAUCCAGAAGCAUGGUAUACAAAACCUAGUCCUGAAGAAUGCAAACCGCUCUGGACAGUACCAAUGAGAAGGCCGCUUAUUACAUUUAGUUCCACUGCUGAUAUAUAUAUGACUGCAAAUUUAAAUAGAAUCGGGACGGAUUUACUUUACCCUAUUCCAGGUCGAAGUUACCUAUUACAGGGUACGGAUAAAUGGUAUCGGCAUGGACCAGGAUGUUCUCCUCUGCAAACUUGUUUAACACAAUUUUUUAUCCAAAAUUUCUUGCAACAUGGUAAAUUAACAAGUAUUUUGUCCUCAACAACGUUUACACAACCGAACACAAUGGCAACUACUUCAACAAUUUGUACAGUAAAACCAAAAGCAAUAAAAUGUGCUUAUCAUCAAAGAAUAUCAAAGCCACAGGUAUGUAAUCAGGAAAAAGCACCAUGUAUUCCAAUGUAUCUUAUGAUCCCAUUUGAAGAAACACAAAGAAAAGAAACAUGUUGUAAAUAUAGAACAGAUGGAUUUAAAAAAAUUACCCAGACUCCAGAGAAAACAAAUUGCUUAAAAUUUCCUGAAAUGCGAAAUGGUAUUCUGUUCACAAGAUGCCAGUGUGUACAUAGAGAUGGUCUUCAAGAUGACUGUCCAUUAAGUCAGUGUCAAAAUCAACCCGAAUGCUUUGUCAAACCAUGGCCCAACUGCUUACCAGCACAAUAUUUACAGUCUCGACAUCCGGAACAGUAUCCAUCAGGACAAACUGAUAGACAUGGUGAUAAACACAUCGGCAAACAUAGUGGAGUACAUGGUGUUGAACAUGGUUGUGGGCAUACCGGGAAACACGGAGGCGGACAUGGUGGCGGACAUGGUGGCGGACAUGGUUGUGGACAUGGUGGUGGACAUGGCGAUAAACAUGGCGGACAUGGAGAACAUGGAAAACAUGGCGGACAUGGCGAACAUGGUGCACAUGGGGGACAUGGUGGGCAUGGUGGACAUGGUGGACACGGUGGACAGCGUGGCAAACAUAAUGGUAAACAUGGUGGUGGACACGGCGGUGAACAUGGUCGUAAACAUGGCGGACAUGGAGAACAUGGUGGACACGGUGGUAAACAUGGCGGACAUGGAGAACAUGGCGGACAUGGUGGACAUGGUACCGAACACGGUGGACAGCACGGUGAUGGACAUGGGGGUGGACAUGGUGGUGGGCAUGCGGAUGGACAUGGAGGUGGGCAUGGUGGUAAGCAUAGCGGUAAACACGGUGGUGGGCAUGGUGGUGGACAUGGUGGUAAACAUGGUGAACAACAUGGUGGUGGACAAGGUGGUGGACACGGUGGUAGACAUGUUGUCGUACAGGGUGGCGUACAUGACGGCGGACAUGGGGGUGGACAUGGAACACAAACGUUAUAAGAAGCACACGGCGGUGUACAAGAACUGAUACAGGGUGUA